UGUGCCACUCGAACGCGCGUGUGGCUCGGCAGCGGCUGCGCGUGUUGGCCGCCGCGCUUCUUCUUCUUCUUCCUUACAUGGCCAAGUCUCCCGAGAGGAUGACGGCCGCUGCCAAGGAGGACGGCUGCCAGGCCACGGCCGCGCUUGAAGCCGCGGCCGGCUUCGGCGGCCACCGAGGCAGCAUGCCCCGCGAGCUCGGAGGCUCGGCCUUUCGGGUGGUCACCCCCAAGCACAGCUUCACCGGAGGCCUGCCGACCCUGUCCGGACUUCCCCGUCCGGGCAACUGGCUUCUAGAUCCGCUGUUGCCUCCUCUGUGGCCGAUCGGUCUGCGGGCAGACCAGCCGCCUCCGCUGUGGCCUUUCCUGCACUUCUACCCGCCUUCGGAUGGCCACCUGCUUUCCCCCGGUGGAGGCAAGUCUGGGGCGGCCGCUACAGAGUCGUCCAAGCUGUUCAGCGCUGCGGCGGCAGCACAGGGUCUGUCGGCGCUCCACUUGCGGCCUUUCGCCCUGGGCUCGCUCACAUGCGACCUGCGGGUGGGCGCCAUCAAGCCAUGGCUGUUCGCCGACGCGGUCGUGCCACCCCCGCCCGCCCCGCCACCCCCUCCUUCUAGUCUGCAGCCGGCCUCCAGCGCUACAUCCAGUCCAGCACAGGGUCCUCUGGGUCUCGGCAGCGCGGCCUCCUCGCCGCCGACGCCACCGUCCCAGGCGGCCAAGACUCCCGGCCGCCAAGCCCUCAGUCCUCCCUCCGGAGAGCCUGGUGGAGCAGGACUCAUAUCCUCCAUGUCACCAUGCAACCGGCUGGACCUCGGUCCUCGGCUGAGCCCGCAGUCCCUGUCGGCGGCCGGCCUGCUGUCGGCGGCACACCACCACCACCACCACCUGCACCACUUGCACCACCUGCACCAGCACCCGCUGUCGGACGUGUACUCCUGCCUCAAGUGCGACAAGAUGUUCUCCACGGCUCACGGACUCGAGGUGCACGCGCGGCGCUCGCACAGCGGAAAGCGGCCCUUCGCCUGCGAGCUCUGCAACAAGACGUUCGGCCACGAGGUCAGCCUCAGCCAGCACCGCGCCGUGCACACGUCUGAGCGUACUUUCGAGUGCAAGCAGUGCGGCAAGACGUUCAAGCGCUCCUCGACGCUGUCCACGCACCUGCUGAUCCACUCGGACACGCGGCCCUACCCGUGCGAGUAUUGCGGCAAGCGCUUCCAUCAGAAGUCGGACAUGAAGAAGCACACGUACAUACACACCGGUGAAAAGCCGCACAAGUGCGCCGUGUGCGGCAAGGCGUUUAGCCAGUCCUCGAACCUGAUCACCCACAGCCGCAAGCACACGGGCUUCAAGCCGUUCGCUUGCGAUGUGUGCGGCCGGGCCUUCCAGAGGAAAGUGGACCUGCGCAGGCACAAGGAGACACAGCACGCUGACAUCCGGCCCAUCUAACCACGUCGGAAACUACGACUGCGCACCGCCGCCGCCGCCGCUAAGCGUCGCCUGCUGCUCCUAGCGCUGCUGCUGCUGCCGCUGCCACCACGACGCGCUGCCUGUGUAUACCGUGCGGCUCCAGCGCGAGCAGCAAUGUAACACACUGGGACAUCCUAUUGAAUCGAGAAACGGCACGAAUCGCUGACAGAGAAGACGACGCCGUUCGGAUCAAGGAAACGUCCUUAUAGAACUAUAGCAACCGCGGGGCAUCGCGAAGACCCCCUCGAAUUGCGAGUGCGUCAUGACGCGAAAGAAUUAGGGGGAUGCUAUAAUUUCGUGUCGCUGUGCACCCACGUGUAUCCGUCUUUCUUGCGCGAGUUAUUUUACUGCGCGCACGCGACGUGGACUUGCUCCGUGUACCCCUUUCGAUUUUGCGCACGGAUGCUUGUGUUUGGAGGGUGACGGUAUCCGUUGCACUGGUGAAUCGUGCGUGAUAUUGUGAACGAGAUUUUUGCCCAAAGUUGUUUUUAGUGAUCGGGCAAGGGUAUUAAUUAAGCGAGAAAACUGCAACCAUUGAGUCGUUACAGUCUCAGCAAUUUAGCAGAACAUAUGUCAAUACCGGUGAUAAAUUUUCAUUCUCUCUCUCUCU